AUGAACACUGCCGAGAGGCGCAGGACAUGGUUCCGGCUGUCUCUUGUGGCCAACAUCGCCCUAAUCGUCUUUGUCCUCAGCGUCUAUGCCGGCAAGCACAAGGACGCGUCCUUUGCAGACCAGACGCAUGUUGUCGAGUCGUCGUCCAUCCAUGACCAUGACCAGUUCCGUGCUUUGCUCAAGUCGGACAAGGGUCUCGCAUCGGAACUCUGCCCCAAGCCCAUAAAACCUGCACCCGAAAAGGUGAUCGUCGAGGUCGAGAAGAUUGUCAAGGAGUAUGUCAACGUCAAGCAGGACAAGUGCGGCAUGUGCGAGGGCCCCGUCGGCAAGAAGUUGUGCGAGCAGUACGGAGAGGAGGAGGUCCGUCGUUCCGUCACCUAUCCUGGCAGCAACAAACGCCUGCGCCGCGUGCUCGACAAGAUGCGUAACGGCAAGGACUUUAAGAUGGCCGUUGUUGGCGGCUCGGUCUCCAGCGGUCACGGCCUCAAGGAGGACGACCACAAGUACGGCCCAGGCAACAUGCACGCCAUCCUGUACAAGCACCUCCAGGACACCUUCAAGCCCACAAAGAGCGAAUUUAUCAACGGCGGUCAGCCAGCACAAGGCGCCGAGUACUUUUGUAUGUGUGCACACCUCCACAUCCCGGAAGACGCCGACCUGAUCGUGGUCGAAGUUGGAAUCAACAGCCCUCCUGCCAAGCCCAGUGUUGAGGCGUUUGAGCUCCUGAUCCGCUCGCUUCUCCAGCGCGAGAAUGAGCCUGCUGUGCUUAUUUACAACACGUUUGCGCUCAUGUUCGACAACAUUGCGAUGGCAGGUGACCUGAACUACGGCGUGGCGCAGUUCUAUGAUGUUCCCGUCGUCGACUCGCGUGUGGCCCUGCUUCAGUCCGUUUGGGACGACCACACGAUCCUGCCCAAGUGGUUCACCAACGACAAAGCCUUCCCCAGCGGUAUCGACCUGCGCCACUUUGGCCCCACGCUGCAUGCGUUCUCGGGCGACGUCAUGAUGGCGUACAUCGAGUCGCAGCUGUGCGAGAUGGACGCGCUGGAGAAGGCCGACGCCAAGACAAAGUACACGAUUGGCGAGGUGCCCCCGCAGCGUGUCUUUGGCAAGUUUACACCCGGUAAAGUCGAGCCCAUCCUCAAGCCCUUCUGCCGCACGACAAACUCGGACACGUUCCCGCUGUUGCCCAAGGACAACCAUGGGUGGCGCGAAUGGUCGUCGUCUCCCGAGAAGAAGUACUGGAUCGCCGACGAGCCCGGUUCCAAGAUUUCGUUCCCCUUCACCACCACUCAAGGCAACGUCAUCCUCCAGUAUCUCCGUUCCCGCGAGUUUGGCCUCGGCAACAUUCGGUGCUGGAUCGACGAUACGGAAGACUCGACAACAAAGUACAUUGAGGGAUACUGGAACGAGCCGUACAAUAUCGGCCGUACCACCACCUGGGACAGAGUUGCACCGGGAGAGCACACGCUGCACUGUGUGCUCCGUGACCAGACUGCUGACCCGGGAGGCAAGAAGGAGUUCCGCAUCAUUUCGCUCAUGAGCAUUUAA